AUGGAGAAAACACUCUUAAUGAUAGUAAACUGGGGUGUAUUGGAACUGAAACAGGCUACGAAACCAAGACACGAGAAUAACCGAAUCGCUUGUACUCCUCAUCCAUAUUUGGAAAGAGUAUUGGAGAAAUACGUAUU